CGCACCCGCACCCCGCAUCCGCCCUGUUCCAUUUCACCACGGCCGCGGCCUUUGUGUGGCCUCCGUCUCGUGUUAUCCCUUCUUCGAGUUCUUCCGCCCUCCCUCCCCUCCUUCCCCCUCGGCAAAGCCCCCCCUCCCUCCUCUCCCGGUGUCGACCCGACUCGCCGCUCCCCGCGCCCAAUUCGCGCCGGCCCCCACUGGAGGCGGCGUCGACCGGGCGAGGGCCUCCGCGCCGCCGAUAAGAUUGCGCCGCGCCGCGCCAUGCAGACCCCACCUCCCGCCGUGCCAGCGUCGUCGCUGGAGUGCGUGAGCUCGUGCAGGGCCGCCUCGUGGAAGGGGGGUGGGAGGCCCUACGAAUGCAGCGUGCUCUCGUGCGCGUGGAACGCGCCGCGCGCGCUCACGGGCGCCCUCGCCAGCACCGCGCAGUGCUCCUCCUGCGGCCACACCGAGGCCGGAGGCGGCUGGAGGAGGCGUGGGCGGUCGCGUCGGAGUAACAACUCGUUACCGCACAUCACCUUGGAUGAAGACAUCAAUAAAGGGAGAUUUGGUUAUGGUCCAUCACCUGCUUACUCUGAAAGUUUUUUCAGACCUUGGUCUACUUCUGUCAACCCAACAUGGAGAACUUACUGCUAUUCAUCAUCUGAAUCCUUCUUCAUUUCCCCAGAGACUUUGUGGGAGGAUCUCAAACCAGUUGUUUCGUAUCUUCAACCUGAAGAGUUAAACUUUGUGCAUGAUGCUUUGAAGUUGGCAUAUGAGGCACACAGUGGACAAAAACGGCGAAGUGGAGAGCCAUUCAUUAUUCAUCCUGUUGAAGUUGCUCGUAUUCUUGGAGAGCAUGAACUUGACUGGGAAUCAAUUGCUGCUGGUUUAUUGCAUGACACUGUUGAAGAUACAGAUGUGGUUACCUUUGAAAGAAUAGAGAAUGAGUUUGGUCCAACCGUGCGUCGUAUUGUUGAAGGAGAGACAAAGGUAUCUAAGUUGGGGAAACUUCAGUGCAAAAGUGAGGGUAGUUCGAAACAAGAUCUUAAAGCAGAAGACCUAAGGCAGAUGUUUCUUGCCAUGACAGAAGAGGUUCGUGUGAUCAUUGUCAAACUGGCAGACAGGUUGCAUAACAUGCGUACUCUCACACAUAUGCCUCAGCACAAGCAGUAUGCCAUUGCCAUGGAGACAUUGCAGGUCUUUGCACCUCUAGCAAAACUCCUCGGGAUGUACCGAAUAAAGUCUGAAUUGGAAUAUCUAUCCUUCAUGUACGUGAACCCCAUUGGUUUUGCUGAACUAAGGAAAAGAGUUGAAGACUUGUACAAGGCCCAUGAACAGGAAUUGGAAGAGGCAAAUAGAAUUUUAAGGCAAAAGAUUGGUGAGGAUCAGUUUCUUGAUCUUGUGAGUGUUGAGACAGAAGUGCGCUCAGUUUACAAAGAGCUCUACAGCAUUUACAAAACUACGCUCAAAUCCAAGAGUUCAAUAAAUGAGGUGAACCAGGUUGCUCAGCUGCGGAUCAUCAUAAAACCAAAAUCCUGCAAUGGUGUUGGGCCAUUGUGCACUGCGCAACAGAUCUGCUAUCAUGUUCUUGGUCUUGUUCAUGGCAUAUGGACACCCAUUCCUCAAGCUGUGAAAGAUUACAUUGCAACUCCAAAACCUAAUGGCUACCAAAGUCUACACACAACAGUGAUACCAUUUCUUAAUGAAAGUAUGUUCCAUUUGGAAGUUCAGAUUAGAACAGAAGAUAUGGAUUUAAUAGCAGAAAGAGGCAUUGCUGCACAUUACAGUGGAAGAGGGGUGGUUUCUGGACCUGUUCGCCCUGGAAUAUCAAGUGGAAGAAAUUCCAAGGGAAAAGUAAUCUGCCUCAAUAAUACAGGCUUUGCUCUGAGGAUUGGUUGGCUCAAUGCAAUCCGCGAAUGGCAAGAAGAGUUUGUUGGUAAUAUGAGUUCUAGGGAGUUUGUUGAUACUAUCACCCGAGAUCUUCUGGGAAGCCGUGUCUUUGUGUUUACUCCUAAAGGCGAGAUUAAAAAUCUGCCUAAGGGAGCCACAGUGGUUGAUUAUGCUUAUCUGAUCCAUACUGAAAUCGGCAACAAAAUGGUUGCAGCAAAGGUGAAUGGCAAUCUAGUUUCACCAAUCCAUGUACUUGCAAAUGCUGAAGUGGUCGAGAUUAUAACUUAUGAUAAAUUAUCUAGUAAAUAUGCAUUCCAGCGUCACCAGCAGUGGCUACAGCACGCCAAAACUCGCAGCGCUAGACACAAAAUUAUGAAAUUCUUAAAGGAGCAAGCUGCCCUUUCUGCUGCUGAAAUUACUGCUGAGGCAGUCAAUAAUUUUGUUGCUGAUAUUGAAGACGAAAGUGACAGUGAGCUUUCAAUUCCAAGCACCAAGAAGGAAGAUAGUAAAUUCAACUGGGAGAAGAUAUUAAAUUCAGAUAAAUUAUCCUUUGUCAACAAAAGUAGCGAUGGCUUUUUACCUGUUAAUAAUGUCCAUCCAAAGGUCAAUGGGAAGCAAAACAAAACUGUUAAGGAACUGGGCAUCAAAAUUAAUGGUCAUUCUACAAUUCGAGGUGAUAGCUUCAGUGAAUUAAUGCGCCCUGGCAAUUCCACCUGCAAGGACGUUUUUCCUGGUUUGGAUCACUGGAAAUCUGGUAAAAUUUCUGGUUGGCAUAAUACAGAAGGCAGCUCUAUCCAAUGGCUUUGCAUAGCCUGUGUUGACCGAAAAGGGAUGAUGGCAGAAGUUACAUCGGCUUUAACAGCCUGUGGAAUUACCAUAUGUUCUUGUGUGGCUGAAGUUAAUAAAAGGAGGGGAAUGGGUGUAGUGCUGUUCCAUUUUGAGGGAAGCUAUGAGAAUGUGGUCAGUGCAUGCUCAAGUGUUGACAUGAUUCUUGGUGUUCUUGGUUGGUCCGUUGGAUGUAGCUGGUGUCCAUUGGGUGUUCUUGAGUGCUAGUGGAUAUCAGGAGACUUGUGUGACCACAUUAGUUCACCCCUUCACCAUUAUCUCCUCCAAGAUGGAGGUACUUUUGAAAGCACCACAUGGAUCGCUCAAUAAUUUUGUUGGUCAGAUCAUGGUUGGUGAGCGAGUGGAGCCCUUUACUUCUCUGUCAAAAUAGACAGUGAGGGCAAGCAAACUAGAACCAGACAUAUGCAUCAUUCUAAAUGUGAGUGUACAUAGCAGAGCGAGUAGGGUACUGUUAGAGUGUUAGUGCAGGGAUCUGUUGGAUUAUACAGAAGGCCUUAAAAAAGAUUGCUAAAGGCUGUUCUCCCACUUAUGUGGCUUGCAUAUACUAGUUGUCUACUUAAAUGUGCAGCUAGAAUUUUGACCGGAACUCUAAUUCCCAAAUUUUGUCCGUAUUUGGUUAUUCUCGUAGUCUGCCUGUAAAUUUUAUUGUAUAGCUUCAAUUUUGCAGUGGAAAAUUUUGAGCACAGUUUAACUGAGA